AUGGUCCCAUUGAUGACCCAGAUCAACGACAUGCCAGCUGUAACCGCUACUGCUUCCGCAACGCCCGCCCCGGCCCCGCUCAAGGCUGCUGUUGCUCCCGCCGAAGGCCAGUUUGAUGUUUCCCGCCUUUUCGUCGCCGACAAGGCCGCGCGCGAGUCUGCCGUAGCGCAGCUCGCAGCCCUCGCUCAAAAGGACGGCCCCUCGGCCCUCCAGUCCGUUGGCUUCACGGAUUCCGCCAUCAAGGCGCUCAACGACAAGAAGUCCCCCGCCGCCCGUGAGGGUGCAGCGAGCGCUGUCGCCGGCCUCGCCAAGGCCGGUGCCAUCAAGGCUUUGGAGCCUACCUUCAUCGACUCUGGCAUGUAUGCUGCUCUCCUCGAAGGCUUCGCUGACAAGCUGCCUGCUGCGCGGACGGCGGCCGUUGAGGCUGUGAAGGCCUAUGUCGCAGCUAUGAACCCCUGGGCUACCGCACUUGUGCUCCCUGCCCUACUCCACGAGAUCAAGACGGCCGGGAAGUGGCAACUGAAGACUGGUGCACUCACCAUUCUCAACCAGCUCGUGGUCAGCUGCCCUGCUCAGACCGCGCGUCUGACUCCCGAUAUCGUCCCCGUCCUCUCCGAGGCUAUCUGGGACACGAAGGCCGACGUGAAGAAGGCUGCACGUGAAUCGCUUGAAAAGGCCACCGCAUUGGUUUCCAACAAGGAUAUAGAGCGCUUUAUUCCCGCUUUAAUCAAGUCUCUGAUUAAUCCCGUAGAGGAGGUUCCCAACACGAUCAACCUCCUCUCAGCCACCACAUUCGUUUCAGAGGUUGACUCUCCGACCCUUUCUCUAAUGGUCCCUCUUUUGUCCCGUGGUCUCAACGAGAAGCUGACCGCAACCAAGCGGAAGGUCGCGGUUAUCGUUGACAACAUGUCCAAGCUCGUAGACUCUGCCGUCACCGUCCGACCUUUCAUUCCGAAGUUGCUUCCUGGUCUUAUCAAGGUUGAAUCGACUAUGGGUGACCCAGAGGCCCGUGGCGUCGUUGCCCGCGCCAUUGCGACCCUUCGUGAAGUUGGUGACGUUCCACACGGUGAUGGUUCCGAACUCCCGCCCAUCAAGCACGUUGAUGAGAAACAACUCGCGCACAGUCUCAUUGCCAUCUAUAAGAAGGCUGGUGCUGACCCCGCACCUUCCGUAGCGAGCAUCGAUACCAUGUACGCCGCGAACCUCGCGUGCAACCUUGUCACCGCGAAGAACUUUGACGUGUCGGAGUGGCAGACUCUUGCUCCGUUCCUCGCUUUCCUUACACCGUCGCCUGAUCCCAUAGCGAUUGUUAACGAGUGGGUUGUCAAGUCUGCUUCACAGGAGGACGAGGAAGGUGACGCUCUCGAGGACGAGGAGGAGGGUGAGGACUUGUGUAACUGCCAAUUCUCUCUUGCCUACGGUGCCAAGAUUUUGUUGAACACUGCUACUCUCCGUCUCAAGCGUGGUCACCGCUACGGUUUGUGCGGUAGGAACGGUACCGGAAAGUCGACCCUUAUGCGUGCGAUCACCAACGGUCAGGUCGAAGGUUUCCCCUCGCCAGAUGAGGUCCGUACCUUCUACGUGGAGCACGAUAUCGAUGGUAGCGAGGCCGAGACUGCGAUCCUCGAGUUCAUCGUCUCGGAUACGCGUAUCCAGGCUUCCAAGGAGGAGAUUAUCGAGACCUUGGCGUCUGUCGGUUUCAGCGAUGAGCGGCAGAAGCAAUCUAUCGGCAGUCUGUCUGGUGGAUGGAAGAUGAAGCUUGCAUUGGCCCGCGCGAUGCUCUUCAAGGCUGAUAUCCUUCUGCUCGAUGAGCCCACUAACCACCUUGACGUCGUCAAUGUUGCGUGGCUCGAGAACUACCUGACCAACCUCAAGACUUGCACGUCGAUCAUUGUCUCGCACGACUCCGGCUUCUUGAACAACACCAUCACCGACGUCCUCCACCUGAACCGCUUCAAGCUUCGCAGGUACAAGGGCAACUUGGAGUCGUUCAUGAAGCAGGUGCCGGAGGCUCGCUCUUACUACACCCUCGAGGCCGCCGAGGACUACCAGUUCAAGCUCCCCGAUCCCCCGCUGUUGGAAGGUGUCAAGACGAAGGAAAAGAGUUUGCUGAAGAUGCGCAAGGUCGGCUUCCAGUACCCUUCGCAACCUGUCCAGCAGCUCUACGAUAUCACACUCCAAGUCUCCCUGUCUUCUCGCGUCGCUGUCCUCGGCCCCAACGGAUCUGGAAAGUCGACGCUCGUCAAGCUUCUUAUUGGCGACAUGGAGCCCAACAAGGGUGGUGAGAUCUGGAAGCACCCUAACUUGGUCAUCGGUUACGUUGCUCAGCACGCGUUCCACCAUAUCGAUAACCACCUCGACAAGACCCCGCUCGAGUACAUGUUGUGGCGCUACCAGACCGGUGAGGAUCUCGAGGAGAUGAUGAAGGCGAACCGCCAGAUUUCCGAAGAGGAGGAAAAGAAGAUGAAGGAUGGAGGUGUCGUGGUCGUCGAGGGCCAGAAGCGUCUCAUCGAGGAGAUCGUCGGCCGCAAGAAGCUCAAGCAGUCGUACGAGUACGAGGUGUCGUUCAAGAAUCUCAGCUCGUCGGAGAACAUCUGGCUCCCUCGUGAUGACCUCAUCAAGCGUGGCUUCGAGAAGAAAGUGCUCGAGGUUGACACCCGUGAGGCCCAGCGUCUCGGUCUUCUCCGUCCCCUCGUUCGUCGGGAGAUUGAGAAGCACUUUGCUGACUUCGGUCUUGAGCCCGAGUUCGUCUCGCACAACUCGAUGAGAGGUCUUUCCGGUGGUCAGAAGGUCAAGGUCGUUCUCGGCGCUGCGACAUGGCGUCGCCCGCAUAUCAUGUGUCUGGAUGAGCCGACAAACUACCUCGACCGUGAGUCGCUUGCCGCGCUCAUCAAAGCCCUCAAGGAGUUUGAGGGUGGUGUGCUCGUCAUCACGCACAACCGCGACUUCUCCGAGUCCCUGUGCAAGGAGGUGUGGGCGAUGCGCGACGGCCACCUCGAGGCGUCCGGCCACAACUGGGUUGAGGGCCAAGGCUCCGGUGCUCGGAUCGACAAGAAGGAUGGUGAAGAUGACGAUCAGUACGACGCGAUGGGUAACAAGAUCGACAACAAGAAGGCGAAGAAGAUUACUGCGGCGGAUGCACGGAAGCUCAAGAAGGAGCGCAUGGCGCGGAAAAAGCGAGGCGAGGAGAUCACCGACGACGAGCUGUGA